AGUUCAAUUUAUGCUGUAUUAGUAAAGAAUAUUCAAUAGAUUGAGUAUAAAAACUAGCAAUUAUACACGCUAAUUUAGUCGAAUGGAGGAGGAAGAGUGUUUGUGGUUGUGUGUGUGUUGGAGCUUGGACCAAAUGUGGGGCACCGGAGAAGAGAACCCACGAGAGCCCCCCGCGCAAGAGCUGUAGGUGCAAAUGUGAGGAGACAACUUGGUGGGGUCUCCCAUAGUCGGUUUCCAUUGACUUUGGAUCUCGGAUGGUGCCGUGUGUGUUAGUUUGUGAGGCUUUUGGGGGGGCCUUCUCUUGCUUGUGUUUAUAUUAUUUUAUACACCGUGAACCCGAUGUAUGUUUUGUUGGAGAUUCAUGCAUUUCAUACAUUCAGUUGUACUUGAGACUUGGAUUUGAUCAAAUGUGUUCCUAUUCGUCCAAUCUCAAUUUUAGACUUCUUUUUUUUUCUGUGCCUGACGGGCGGGUAGCUUUUCUCAUAUAGACGACAAAAUAUGAGAAUAUAUAAAUUCUUAUGUAGUAUAUUUGAGAAAAUUUGACCCAGAAUCUAAGAAAGUGAACAUUUAAGUGUUUUGUGUGGUGGAAACAAUUGUAUCUGAAGGAAUAUCCGUGUUUGUGUACAUAGAAAAAAGGGAUUAUCAAGGAUAAUACUCUGUUGUCAUCUCAUUUGGAAUAUUUUCUGCAGGAUUCUCACAGUGUGUGUGUAUCUUAAUGGUCAUCCUGACCAAUUUUGACUGUGUUUUAUGCUGUUUUUAGCCAAGUUUUAGAUAAAUAAUUGGCAGAGUGCAGAGAUUUUAAUCUCACCAGUGAUUUUUUCCUCCACCUCAACGAGCAUUCUGCAAUUUUUAUGACAUACUCCAUUCAUAUUAUGUGAAUAUUUUAUGCAGAUAGUGUGUGGUGAGACACGACAAAGUGGCUAGAAUUUAUUGCGCGGCUUUUUUUUCGGCGGGAUUCCUACAGCUUUUAAAAGAAUUCUCCUUUGCAAAAUUAUAAAAGAGCUUUCAAGAGGAGGCAAGAAAAAUAAUAAGGAAAAAAAUUGUGUGUUGUGAUCAUUUCGUUGGUGUAUAUUUCUAUUUUUAAUAGCACACAAAAAAAUAUUUAGUUUUUUUUUCUAUCUUGAACUGUGUAUGUUAGAGAAGAAGCAAAUAAUAACAUUAGUGGCAAGAGUGUGAAGACAAGAAGCAAAAAAGCAUCUUACAAUCAUCAUCUUGUAUUUGCUUCUAACAUUAUAAAAGUGAGAAGAUAUAUUAGAAACUUCGAGGAAGACUUUUGGUUAUGCUAGAUCAAAUUCUAAAUAUAUCAACUCUUGGAUGUGUCUCACACUGCACGAGUCUCCAAUAAAGUCGGUCUAAUGCGCGAGAUUCGACUACAAGUUAUGUGGAUCACGCACUUUUCUCUGCAACGUCUCAGUUGAACAAAAAAAAAGUGCGCUUUUGAGUUUUAAAAGGAGAGAGAGAGCGAGGGGUGUGGUAAUUGAGGAGAGAAUAUAUGAAAUGAGCUAUACUUUGGCCUAUGAUCACAAAUUUCUUCCUCAGCCAAUGUAAUAUGCGUUCGCGCAGAGCACAAAUAAUAGGAAUAAUAAGUUUGAUUGAUAUUUGUGCGUGGCACAUUGGCCAAAUACGUCAGGGAAUUGAGUGAAUCUCUUAACCACAAAAUUUCCCAUCUAUUUUUGGGAUUUGAUGAGAAAGUAGAGAAGGACAAAGGAGGUAAAUUUCCCAGACAUCAUAAUUUUAGAGAGCUUCUUAGGCUUUCUGGACAGGAAAAAAAAGAAAGAUUGAGAAGUGUGAAAGGCGCACAAAUCAACUCAAUUCAUGCUUGAAUGUGAGACUCAGGACCGAAGUUGAGAUGGAAAUUUUAUUCCGGGACAAGAAUGUGAUCAAAAGUGACUAAAAUAAGAAGUUCCGGAAGAAGUUAAAAGGAAUUGUGUUUUGGUGAAAAAUAUCUCGGGAUAAAAGUGAGAGAGAGAGAAAAAAUUAGUGGUGAACGCGAACAGUAUGAGUGAUCAAGAGGAGAUAUUUCUAUUUACUGUGUUGUGAUUGAUCACGCAAAAAUAUCUAUAAUUUUUUUUCUCUAUCUAUAUAAUCUAUUUUCGUGGAUUAAUGACGAUCAUCGAAGUGAGAGUGAAUUGUAAGAUCAGCGUAGUGUGUGUCUUCUCACAAAAAUCUGAGCGGAUUUCAUGCAAUAAUCACAAAAUAACUAAAGAAUGUACGAGAAAAGCUUGAUGUUUUAGGAGUGAUAUUUUUUUUUAAUUCUAUGUCAAUUUAAUUAUCUAAUAACUGGCUUUGCCACAAGAUAAAAAAAAAACAAGCGAUUAAAACUUGUCUCUAAAAGAGUUUUUGCCAAAAAAAAGAAAAACCUAUCACAAACGCCAAGAUCAAGCAAAAGAAGAAAAGGUAUUUUUCAUAAGACACGAUAUUACUAUCCCAAAAACAGAAUAAAACUUACAUAAAACUCUUCAUAUAAAAAACACAAUUAACCGUUGAUGCUUCAUUGAUUUUUUUUUGGAGUACAUCAUUGUGAUAACAUUUGAGGCGGGAUAAUACUAAAAAAAAAGUAAUAAUAAAAAUUAAAUAAUCUCAUCUAAAAUUGGAACAUUUGUAGAAGUUGCAAAUGGAAAAAGGUGUUAAUAAUUUAUAAUUACCAAUAAUAAGGAAUUUUAAUUAUCCUUUUAAUCACAAAGUACAAAUGACUAAUCCGUACCCAGAAGAUAUAAUAAGAAUGUAUAAAUGAAAAGGAGGAAAAAAAAGCUUAAAAGAACAUUAAUAGAUGAAAAUUAGAUACUCAAAUCGCAUAAUUAAAUUAACAUAUCGAUAUUAAAAAGAGAGAAAAAGAGAAAAAAAACACCGACAAUUGAGACUAUAAAACGCACAAUUGCACACACUUAUGGCAACUACUGCUAAGCAGUCCUCAUCGACAGUGCGGAGUCCAUCAGCAGCAGCAGCAGGAACUGGAGCAACAAGUGAGGGUCAGGAGGACAUAGCGACAAUUGCCAAACAAAUCUCAGAUCAUGCGGAGGCGAUCUAUCAGACGUGGAAGGCACGAGGGCUGGCCCCAACGGAGAUAUUGAAUUGUCACACGGGUAGUGACGCAUUUGGGAAGACGCUUACACCAUCAUCAUCAUCGUGUCAGCGUGUCGUCGUGGGUAGGGAUUCACAGUCACCGGUGGCCGAAUUGUUGGCACAAGCGCCGGACAUGUCGAACAAUAAUUUAGAGAAGUUGGUCAAUUCGUUUGUCAGUGAGGACAAGGCGCGAAUAGCGGCCGCACGUAAAUCAUCAUCACCAUCCCCAAUUGCUGGUAUUGGCUCAAUAAAGCAUACAUUGCAGAAAUUUGAGAGUAACACUAGUGGUGGGAAUAGUGUGGUAAAGCCCAAAUUUACGCGUACAUCCAGUCCACAGCCAAGUGCUGGGGUUAAUAAUGCACUCAAUAAGAAUGUGCCCGAUGUCCUGAUCGAUACAAUCGAGCAGAAUCUUGGGAAACGCGAACGGGAACCCAGUCCACAGAAGCCACAGACACCAGCAAAACCCGCCAAUUUGAUCAAUCACGUACCCUCGUGGCCGCUUAAGAAUCGCGUUGUGGUGGGCAAGAGUGCAAAUAGUGGGGUUGGUGGUGGCUCAGUUGGACGGGUUGAAGAUGAAACACCAACAUCAACGGCCGUGGCACUCGUGAGGAAGCAACAGGAGAAGCAGCAGCAGCAAGAAAAGCAUCAGCUGGAGAGUAGGGAGGCCAAAAAGAAGACGGCUGAUCUUAUGGAUGAGGUGACACGUGAAGAGGAGCGCCUGAUAAACGCCCUCAAAACUGGCACGGUGCUCAAUAAUGACAAGAGUCUUCCUGAAGUUAUAACAUCGACACUCAAUCAAGAUGUCACAGAUGCCACGGCAAAUCCCACGGGAGAAUUGCCACAGUGGAAUAAUUCAGAUCUCGCUGGGCAUCCACCAAUUGAUGCUUCACAUGCAAAAGUGUGGAAUAAUACGGGAACAACCACCACAAAACCCGUCAUCCCUCAUAUAAACAAUAAUAAUAAUAAUAAUAAUGUGAUUGUGAAUAAGGAGAAAGAGGAUACACCAGCACCUACAAAGGUCUUCAAACCCCGAACACUCCGAACAACAGAGGCAGCUAUUUUGCCACAUCAUUUGCCUGAGCCUCAAGUGAAAGUGAAGGAUAAAACAGCUAAUCCCAUCAGACCUUUCCUCACUAGAGGAUCAGUGGCCGAGAGAGUGCUGAUCUUCGAGAGGUGCCCGUCGAAAGCACCACCUAGAAAUGCCCUCAAGGAACCCUCGAAGCUUCAGUCGAAAACGCCACUCCCAAAACCACAACAGACCCACACAACCCUUCAGAGGCAUAUCAAAGGAUCAGUACGGAGUGUUUAUAUUCCAAGAUUCCACUUUCCGAAUGGGAAACCACCUCCUCAGAUAAGCGUUGAGACGACAACACAGCGCAUCCAAUCGACAGUUCAUCAAUUCCCUAACUCACAGAUUCAUCGUGAUGAAUUCCAUCAGAUUGUGGCAACUUGCGGCUUCCCUGUUUACUGGCGAGCACCACUCUUCAAUUGCACCCAACACACACCGUCCGGCUGUGUCGAUGGCUAUAAAUUUGUCGAUUUCUGGAAGCACAUGUCAUUGAGUUGUCAUGAUGCUCCUUCGAGAUUUGUAUAUAUUCUGUCGAAGGGGAAUCGCUCGAGACCGUAUAUUUUGCCAGAAGAUUUGGCGCCAUUGGUGCAGGAUGUUGUAGAGACACAUCCUGGCCUGGCAUUUCUCAAGGAAGCCGCAGAAUUUCACUCACGCUACGUUCACACGGUGAUUGCGAGGAUUUUCUACUCUGUCAAUCGUAGUUGGUCCGGAAGGAUCACCGUGAGUGAAUUGAGACGGAGCAAUCUCCUUCAGGUGAUCCAAUUGCUGGAGGAGGAGGAGGAUAUCAAUCAAAUCAUGGCAUACUUUAGCUAUGAGCAUUUCUAUGUGAUCUAUUGCAAAUUCUGGGAACUGGAUCGUGAUCAUGAUUUGCUCAUUGAUCAGAAUGAUCUGGCACGACACAAUGAUCAUGCACUGUCCCUGAGAAUGAUUGAGAGAAUCUUCUCGGGAUGUGUGACGCGUGGGGGCAUAAAAAAUCGCAAUAUGGGUCCGAAUGGUCCGCGAAUUACCUACACGGAUUUUGUGUGGUUUUUGCUGUCCGAAGAGGACAAAUCCAAUCCUACGGCCAUUGAGUACUGGUUUAGGUGUAUGGAUCUCGAUGGGGAUGGUAUUCUGUCCAUGUACGAAUUGGAGUAUUUUUAUGAGGAACAACAGCAGCGAAUGGAGUCAAUUGGAAUUGAGACGCUGCCCUUUGAAGACUGCAUUUGUCAGAUGCUGGAUAUGAUAAAACCAGUUCGUCCAGGAUGCAUAACAUUGGGUGAUCUCAAAAAGUGCAAGAUGACUCCAAUCUUCUUCGAUACGUUCUUCAAUCUCGAGAAAUAUCUGGAACAUGAGCAGAGAGAUCCAUUUGCUACCUCACGCGACAAUGAUGAUAUGUCUGACUGGGAUCGGUAUGCGGCUCAGGAGUAUGAGUUGCUUGUCGCGGAAGAAGGUGGUGGUGAUACUCAAGGCUCGUACGAUGAAGAAGAUGAAUAUGAAUCAAAUAUUGACAUCUUGGAGUCCCAACUUGAAGACUGCAUGAGCAACAUGAUCAAUGAAUGGUAGUAAGUUGUCGAAAGAAAAUAACCUAUUUAAAAAAAAAAAAGAUAUUUAAGAGAAAAAGAGAGAGAAUAAAAUCUGUAUAGUGUCUUUGGCGUGAUCUUGAAUUGCAAAUAGGUUUUAAGUAGUGGAAUAUAUAAAAAUGAGAUAUUCUUGAUAUUGAGGAUAAAAAUAAAUUGCAUUUAGUUAUAUGAAUGCUUCUCCACGUAAUAUUUCAUAACAAAGAAAAAAAAAGUACAGAAAUAAUUGCUGAGCAAGAAAAAUUGAGCAUGAAAAUUGUAUAAAAAAAAAUGAGAAAAUUUAAAAAAUAUAAUUUGGUAAUUCGAAUUUAAUGAUAAAGCAUACAAAAUGAUCGGAAAAUUUUUAAGGUUUUUUUUUUCUUAGAGCAUAGUGACGAAGAACAAAUAGUAAUAUAUAUAUUUUAGUGUGUGAUAAAUUAAUAAUUUUUUAAUUAACUUGAACUCCACGAUAUCUCGGUAGUUUUUUUUUUAACUUUAAAAUGCUCAUUUUUGAACUUUAAAUUAUUAUAAAAUUAAUGACGGAAAAUUGUGAAUAAUUUUUUUGCGAAAACAGCGUUAAAAGAACCAAAAUGUCAGCGGUGCUAAGUUUUUAUCAAAGUUCUCUUUAUCAAUUUUUUUCCAUUUAAAACAAAAUAUGGAAAGAAAUAUCAUCUGUAGAAAGUACCAAGAGCUUUAAAUUGUAAAAAGCAAAAAUAAUAGAAACGUAAAUUGAGCUCAAUUUAUUCAUGAACCAAUAAAAAUAUCUUUUAGGCUUCUUUACCAUCUUCUAUUGUAACAUAAUUUCUUGAUAAUUCAUUUUUUUUCUAAAUUUAUUUCGUUUGAAAAAUUCUUAAUCAUUGCGUUGGCAAGGAAUAUCGAAAUUGUAUAAAUUGAUCGAAGAUUUUUAGGCAUUUUAAUCGAGAAGACGAUGAGGAAGAAGGUUUGAAAAAUCUCUCUUAAUGGAUUAAAAACGGUUCGAGAAUGAAAGAAUAUUACGAUUAAGUAGAACGUUUAAUAAUUAAUUGUAUACGUGAAUGUGUGGAAUUAAAUAUUAGACCUAAACACAGAAAAAAAUGAAGUUGCAUAAAGGAAUAUGAUAACAAAAAAAUCAGCAUUGAUAAAGUAUUAUCUUAAAAAUUGAUCCUUAAAUUUUCCGUAUAUUAAAAUUUUUAAAAUGAAAAAUUGAAAUCACAAGUCUUCGGAAUGAUAAAAGCAUUGAGAUCCCUCUUAAAUAUUUGAUUGGUAAUGAAAAACAAAAUGAGGGAUAAAUAGUUUUUUUAAGAAAACAUUUAGAAGAAAACUAAUAGAUUCCAAAAAAAGAAAAAAUAGAAAAUAAAAUCAGUACAUUAUUUCAAAAACUCCUUAAAAUAGUUAAAAAAAACAAAGAAAAUGAAAUAGAAAACUAAAGAAAUAUAUCAAUUUUUAUAAAAAAAAAACAACAACCACAAAAAAUAGAAAAAGUUAUAAUAACUGUGAAAUAUUUUUGGCAUGUAAAAAUAAUGAGGAGCAUUAAGGAGUAUGAAUACAAAGAGUGGAGCAAGUUAGAAGGAUAAAAAUGGCAAAAUGAGAGAUAAACAAGUUUACAAAUACACCAAAACUAACUAACUCUAGUUAUUUGCAACUAUAAUCUAGUCCUAUUGUGCUAAUAAUAAAUUAUAGACCUCUUUAGAAAUAAAAUUAAAAGGAAGUAAAGGGAAACUAUAGGCGAAGAAAAUACGGAUAUUUAUUAAUAAGUAAACUCCUGAGGCUAUUUAUUAUCCUAACGAUCUUAUUCUUAGCAGUUUUCUAUGAAGAAAAUUCGGGAUUUGACUUACGAAAGAACUUCGAAUCAUCGAUAUCUAAAACUGAAAUCAUUGACCUACGUAAAUUACUUUUCCAAAAUCACGAAUUACUUUUCGAAAUUACGAAUCCAUUUCGAAGUAUUUUCGAAAAUUUAUCAAAGUUGCAGUUCGAAUAAAGUUUGAUUCUCCAAAAGUAUCUCGACUAAAAGGUAAACAUGUCGUUGAUGUCCGAAAAAUUUCAAAAGAACUUCGAAGUUUCCCACAAAAAAUUUGUAUGAGAUUAUAGAAAUUUAUGACAGGAUCAGAUAAUGAAAUACGAAUAUUAUGAGCGCACUUGCUUUGGUUUUCCCAUAAAAAGGAGAAAAUUGACAAGUUGACACUCAAAACAUUUUGAAAUUCGAACAGGAAAUACUUCAGUCACCACACGGACGAAACGGGAAGUAAAAAUGGCUUUGCUCUGACCCAGCUUCGAAUACAUUUUCAUUUGGAGAAACCCUUAGUGAGCUCUCAGACAACGUUUCAAAUUUCCAUAAUAACCACAAUUUCCGAGUAGUAUACAAGACUUUUAAGUGAAAUUGAAUAAAAAAGAAAGUCCAACAAAGCUUCCUGCAGCAUCUUAAAGUUUGUAUGCCUUUAGAUUUUCGGACUUGCAGUGGCUUAAAAAUAUAUCUUAAUAUUUUUGAAGAAUAGCGAGAAAAAUGCAAUGAGAAAGAAGCUCUAAAAAAGUAAAGAAAGCUACUUCUGAAGUCAGAAAAUACCUGAGUAAUUCAAUAUGGCGACACUUUUCGAAAAUAAGCGGACGAAUUAUUUGCUUGAAUUGCCAUCGAAACAUAUUCGGAAAUUAAUGCAAUUAUUUAAGGCGUGUUGGAGAAAAUAAUAUAAGGAAUCUGUCUACUUCUCGGAGGUCACCAAAGACCUGAAGUCGACUUAUACCGUUUGUCCUUUAAAUCCGAAAAACAAUAUUCGAGAAAUAUAAAUCAAUUUUACCGAGACUUUACCAAUUCACUCUGAUAGCGCUUAAUACAGAUUGGUUGUCUUGGUUAUUUCAAGAUUUUUCAAGUGAAUCUAGUCACGAUCAAAUCAGUUAAGAAAAAAAACUUUCGUUAGUUGUUCAGUUCCAACCUUUGAAAAUUCAAAAUGGUAUAUCUGCCCCAUCUGAUUUUAGACCAAUAAGUAUUCUAGCCGCAAUUUUCGAGCAUUUGGUGAUUGUCUUUUUGGAUGAUAUGUCAGAACAUUUGAAAAGAACAAUCUUCUGUGCGAAUAUCAGACUGGUUUCCGUAAGAACUACUGUACUGUUUCGACUUUACUCAGAGUCAAUCAUGAUGUUGGACUGGCUUUGGACAGACCCAUGUUGAGCAUUCUGGUCUUUUUGGACUUCUCCAAGAUUUUUGACAGUAUCUCUCUUGGGUUACAAUGUCACGAACUAAGUCUGAAUGGUUUUUCAGAAGUUUCCGUUCGCCUGGUCUCCUCUUUGUCUCCUCUUUGGACUGACUGUCAUAUUUGCUUUCGAAAUAAAUUCAAAUUGAAAUAAAUUAAUUACAACUACUUCACCUCUUCAUUAGUGAUUUGGAUAAAUGCAGUUGUAUUGGGAAUUUCAAGACUUUUCGAUUAAAUUCAGUCUUGAAUAAAAUCAGUUGAGAAAUAAGUUCUCUAGAGUAAUGAUUCCACUUCUAAUGGCGCUGGCACACCUUUUAAAUUGAAUAAAAUUCAAUCGAUUGAAAUUUCACCUCUUACUCUUUCAAACUAAAAUAAGAUAUGUUUAUCUCUUUCUGUCAAAUGAAAAUUGAAAUUUCAAUUUCAUUUUCAAUUUCAAUUUCAAAUUUUAUUUGAGAGAAAGACAUAAACAUAUCUUAUUUUAGUCUGAAAGAGUGAGAGGUAAAAUUUCAAACGAUUGAAUUUUACUCAAUUGAAAAGGAGUGCCAGCGCCAUAAACUUUAAAAAUGCAAAAUGAUGAAUUUUUCGGUUUUAGACAAAUAUAUCCGUAAAUUAACAUUUGUCGUUGGAGCUGUUUUUUUAUUAUAUAAACAAAAAGGCACAAUUUUAAAAUGAAUGUCAACUAAUGGUGGAAUAGAGUGACAAAAGAUCGAAAAUCGGACCGAACAACGGAAAAAUACCUUUCACAUUAUUUUUCUCGAAUAAACUUCAAAAUUCUCAAAUUUUCCCAAAAUAUGAUUGACUUGAAUGUAAGGAGUCGUAAAUUGAACAUCGCAGCCAAAAUUAUUGAAUAUUGAAACAGCAAGUCGACCAGAAUCUUCGUGAAUCAUACGGGUACUUAGGUUCGCAAUUUUGAUCUUCGACUGGUUUUCGAAUUUCGAAUGGUUUUAAAAUUUCAAAUGCUGGUUCUAGAUUGGAGAAAAUUAACACUGAUUUAGUAUUGUUUACAGUAAUUGGUAAAAAUCGUGAAGAUUCGUAUAAAGAAAAAUUUUGUAAUCAAGGAAAUGAUCGUCGGACUUUCCUGUUAGUUGAGAUCUAAUCUGACUGGCUUAGUGAUAUUCUAAAUUUGCAGGAAAGCCAAGAGGAACAUCUGAGUAAUUUACUGUACGUCAAGAAAAUUGAUCAGCGCUUAUGUGGCAAAUAUGUCUAGCCUACUUUGUUUUCGACUUCCGCUUGAUUUUCUAUUGGAUUUCCAUUUUCGAAUAAAUUUUAAAUUUGAAUAUUUACCUUUAAGAUCCUAAAACAGCAGGAUCUUAGUGAACACUGAAAGAUAAAGAUGUAUUCUUUAGCUUAUCAUGAUCAUCAUUAUCAAGUUUUCAACCACUUAUCCCUAUUUGGGUCGCGGGCCCAUGUCAUCUAAUUUAGCAGCCCGCGUCUGUCGAUCCUCCGCCACUUCAGGAAGAUGUUCGGGUUCGACCAGAAGGCGCUCCAAGGCAAGAUUCUGAAUUUGAUUCAGCCACCUUGUCCUAGGUCUGCCCUGAGAUCGACGUCUCCUCACAAUGGCUUGCAUAGCUUUUCUGGGGAAUCUUUCCUCAUUCGCUUUAGCUUAAUUUUGUCAAAAUUUUAUCAUUUUGUGUUCGCUUCAGUUUUAAUUUACUUUGAACACUUUCACUAGAAAGAACAUCUUCUUUGGUCAAAUAACAAUUCUUUUUCACAGUGAACUGUUAUGAAUAAGAUUGCCAGGUUAAAUAGCCUCCUUUCAUUUUUAUUUAAUUUAUAUUUAAUUGUAAAUAUAUGAUUUUACAAUGAAUUUUUGCAGAGCGAAAUCAUCCUAAAAGAAAAAAAAUAAUAAGAAAAUCGUGUUUCUAAUUUAUAAGAAAGAUUUUUUUCUAUCAAAUAUGUUGCAUGUCAAACCAUGAAAUGCAAAAUAUUACCUUUUUAGAAGAAUUUCUCUCUGAAUUUUGGAGAAAUUUACAAAUAUAACGUUAAAGUUAUUGUUUUAUUUCUGUCUCUAACUUUUAAUUUGCAUAGAAAAUGUUUUUUUUUUUUGGACAAAGAAAAAAAACGUACAACCAAGAGCUUGAAUCUUCAAUUUGUGCUAUUUAAGGAAUAAUUUAUAAAUUUACAAAAAAUGAAAAGAAAAAAAGUAUGAAUUUUUCCGCCCUCUUUUAUAUUAUUUUUGAUGAGGUGUGCGCGGGAUGAGAAGAUAAUCUAUUAUUAUUGCAAACUACAGAGAAUCUAAUAAUUAAAUUAUUAAUGUUAUAAUUCAUCUUUUUUAGUUAGAAAAAACUGUUGAACAAUUUUUGUAGAAUGUAUAAAUUUAUUUCCUAUGUUAAAAUUAUACUCAAGUGAAAAAAAAAAUUAUUACCCAAUUUCUAUAAAUGUAGGAGAAAGAGAGAAAUAAUUUUGAGAGAUUAUGAUUGUGAAAAAAAAUAAUGAAUAAACGUCCCUCUUGAGAUAUUAAUACUUAAAAAAGGAAAAUUAAGAAAAAAAAAUGAGAGGUGACAAGACACAAAAAAGGAAUUUGUAAUACUGAAUUAAUAAAUUUUGUGUUAAACGAGGAGAUAUAAUAAAGAGAAAAGAAAAUUGACUAGAGGAUGAA